AUGAAGAGUGAGAUGAAGUCGUUUGAAGAACACAGAACAUGGAAGCUAGUGGACAUGCCACCGAGCAAGAAGGCCGUAGGCUGCAAGUGGGUCUUCAAGAUUAAACGCGAUCCAAGUGGGAAGAUCAUCAAGUUCAAGGCACGCUUGGUUGCGAAAGGGUUCACGCAGCGUCCUGGCAUCGACUACAACGAGACCUUUGCACCAGUGGCGCGCAAGGAAUCUAUCAACACAGUGUUGGCGAUUGCUGCAGCUGAAGACCUGGAAGCAGAAAACGUUGAUGUCGACACAGCGUUUCUCGACGGCGAAGUGUAA